CACCUGAAUCAGCUUUGCUUUUGAAACUACCUCAUUUGCUCCACUCCUCAUCCUGUUGGAUUCUACAACAUGGUAAUGAAAAAUGUUCAACAGAACUACCAUGUCUGAUUUUCUGCUCCUGGAGUUCUCAGAGGUUUGGGAACUGCAGUUUCUACACUUCACUGUGUUUCUGAUGGUGUACUUGGCAACUCUCAUAGGGAACCUCCUCAUCAUCUCUUCAGUUGCCUUAGACCAUCACCUGCACACCCCCAUGUACUUCUUUCUGAUGAUCUUGGCUGUACAGGACCUUGGCCAAGUUUCAGUCAUUAUCCCCAAAUCCAUGAUCAAUUCCCUCAUGAAUACCAGGCACAUUUCAUAUUCAGGGUGUGUUGCUCAAGUCUUCUUAUUUAUUUUCUUUAUGACAUCUGAUUUGUGUAUCCUAACAGUCAUGGCAUAUGACCGGUAUGUUGCCAUUUGCAAUCCAUUACGUUAUGAUAUGGUAAUUAAUUCACCGGCUUGCAUGGAAAUGCUGGCUGGUGUAUGGUUUGCUAGUUUUCUGUAUGCAGGGAUGCACACUAGAGGGACUUUUGCAACCCAUUUCUGCUCUAACAUUAUCAAUCAUUUUUUUUGUGAAAUCCCACAGCUUAUAAAAUUAACUUGUUCUGAUCCAAAUCUAAUUGAAAUUACUACUAUUGGGGUUGGAGUUGUCCUCGGUCUGGGCUGUUUUGUCUAUAUCCUUGUAACUUAUGUCCACAUUUUCACUACGGUGUUAAGAUUGCCUUCUGCAAAGGGGAGGCAGAAGGCUUUCUCCACUUGCAUCCCCCACCUCAUUGUCGUCUCCACAUUUUUAUUUACUGGAAGUGCUGCCUACCUGAAGCCUGUCUCUAACACCCCAUUGUGGCAGGAGCUGAUAUUUACUGUGAUCUAUGCCUUGGUUCCACCUAUGUUGAAUCCAGUGAUUUACAGUAUAAGAAACAAGGAGAUACAAAAAGCAAUGUCAAAGGUUUUAGGUUUUAGGUCCUUUUAUAGAAAUACAUGA